CUCUAUUUGCGAAAGCUGGCGGUUGUAGCAAUCAAAAGAUAUAUAAACGAUCGCAGGAAAUCCAACGUACUUUUCGUUCACAGCUCCCAUCCUCCCCAUCUCUAUUACUUACAAAAAUCUGAUAAAAAAAAUUUGACACUUUGCAUUAUUAAUUUUAUUUAUUUAUUUAAAUUUUCGUCCAUAGAUUGAAUCGAAUUCUCUGCAAUUUCUACCUCUUUUUUCUUGAAGUGUACGUACUAAAAAAACUCAAUUGUUGCUAGGAAAUUCGGGUGGAAGGGGUAAAGGAAGAGAGAAUGUGGGGAUUUGGGGGGAGAUGUUACUGGGGGAGAAAGGAAAGGGUGGAAAGAAGGAAAGGGGGAGGAAGAGGAGGGAUAGUUGUGGUGUUUGCUUGGAUGUCGAGCCAAGAGAAGCACUUGAACAACUACGUUCAACUUUACGCUUCUUUGGGUUGGGUUUCCCUCGUUUGUCAUUCAGAGUUCUUAAACAUGUUCUUCCCGGACAAGGCUGCUGCUUUAGCACUUGAUCUUCUUAAGGAACUUGUUGAGGAGCUAAAGAUUAGGCCACACCCUGUGGUCUUUGCAUCUUUUUCUGGUGGUCCUAAGGCCUGCAUGUACAAGGUUCUUCAGAUGAUUGAGGGAUUGUGUGAUGCACGAGUAAAUCCAGAUGACCUCCAAUUGGUGAAGGAGUGCUUUUCGGGCCAUAUUUUUGAUUCUAGUCCAGUGGAUUUUACUAGUGAUUUGGGUGCUCGAUUUGUUGUUCACCCAACAGUUCUCAAAAUGUCUCAUCCACCAAGAAUAGCAUCAUGGAUAGCAAAUGGCAUUUCUUCUGGUCUUGAUGCUCUCUUCCUCAGCAGGUUUGAAUCCCAUCGUGCUGAGUAUUGGCAGACUCUAUAUGCCUCCGUUAUUAUGGGGGCUCCAUAUCUCAUAUUAUGCUCUGAAACUGAUAAUCUUGCUCCUUAUCAAAUUAUCUGCAAUUUCGCUAAAAGAAUACAACAACUUGGGGGUGACGUAAAACUUGUGAAGUGGAAUGGUUCUCCACAUGUAGGUCAUUAUCGGCAUUAUCCAAUUGAUUACAAGGCUGCUGUGACUGAGCUUCUUGGUAAGGCAGCUGCCUUAUAUUCUCGAAGAAUUCAACAACUUGAGGGUGAACGAAUGGGAUCAGCAGGGGCAAAUUAUGAAAUCUCUGAGCCAAUCUCCAAUAUCGGCAGCAAAACAGCCUUAAGCCCAAAUCGGAGUUUUCAUGGAACUUCUCUGGUGCAAUGUGAUAAUUUCCUCUUGCCUAGUUCAAUAGAAUAUUAUGAGGGUAGAGAACACGAGGAAAGUUUGAUCCGUUUGCCCCACCCACAAAGCUUUAACGCCCAUGGGGUUCUUGGUCAAAUCCUUUUUGAUGUCUGUGUUCCCAAAAAUGUUGAAGAUUGGGAUAUAAAGUCAUCACAUCCCUCAAUCAGACGCCCAUUUACUUCUCCACGGCGAAAUUCCCAUUUUAAUCCAAUCAAAUGCAUUCGGAGAUCCAGGCUAUAACAUAUUUUGCUGACCACUUUUGGAAGUCUUGUUCAAGAAUUUGCAGAAUCCGUUUUCCUUUUCUGGCUCGAGAGUUCAAUGGAGGAAAUGCUCAAUAUGUAGGGAUGACGGUAUGUGAUUGGAAGUUUUCUGUUUUGUUGGACAACAAGAGGUCACUGCCAUGAUUUGAGAUGAUCGACCUCUGUACUAACAUAAAAUGUAUGGUGACUUUACUAGAAAAGCUCUAACUAGAUGUGGAGUUUGUCAGAAUCAUCACCAUUAUAAUGAAAAUAAGACUACAGUACUAGCUUAGAUGAUGGAACUAGGGAAACCAAGUUUCCCAUUUCAUAUAUGUAUCAUUGCUUUGGUUCCAUUUAUUAAAUGUUCCUUGGGACCUGACAUGUUUUAAUUUUGAACGUUU